GUUCAACGCUUAUACAGUAGUUUAAAUAAUAUCUUUUCUAGAGGCUAAUCACAAGAACUCCCACGCCACAGUGUGCUGCCUGGCUGCUCUGCUUUGCGAGGCAACUAUUUAAUUCAGUCAGUGAUCGGCUUUGGACAUUUCUAUUUGAGUUAUCGAACUUCAGUAUAAUUCACAGCCUUUGGAAUUCAACAUGAGCGGCGACGUUGACGCCCCAGAUAGAGCCGGCGCUGCCGUCAGAGAUAAGACCACAAGCUCGCAUGUCGCAAUUACCCUGGAUGAACUGGAUGGGCGAUGCUCGAACGGCCGACAAAACUCGACGGAAGAGGAAACGCCUAAACCUGAGCGUUUAAAGCGCGCUACUACUAAGGCGUCUAUCCUUAAAUCUAUUGACAAGAGCGCUCAAGUGGUCAUACGUUUUGACAACAUUUGCGCAUGGGUGCCAACGCUAGUCAUCCCCGGCGGACAUGGUGGGAAUUUCUCGGCCCUGCUUGGACCAUUUCGCGGCAAGGGCCAGCCAUCAGAUGAGCCCAAGCAGCAGCAACCGCCCAAGGAGCGUCAGAUCCUUUUCAACGUCAGCGGCGAAGUCAGCCCUGGCGAGGUUCUGGCCCUGAUGGGCCCCAGCGGCGGCGGCAAGACCAGCCUGCUGACGCUGCUGGGCGGCCGCUCCACCGCCCGCCUGGAGGGGGCCAUCACCUUCAACGGAGCGCGCCUGUCAAAGGCGCUCAAGCGCAAGCUGGGCUACGUCAGCCAGGACGACCUGCUCUUCCCCGAGCUGACCGUGUACGAGACGCUCUACUUUGCCGCGCUGCUGCGGCUGCCCCGCAGCUGGUCUCGGAGCAGCAAGCUGGGUCGUGUGGAGCUGGUGGUGGCGGCUCUGGGUCUGGGUCGGUGCCGCGACACCAUCAUCGGUAGCCCCAUGAUGCGGGGGGUCAGCGGGGGGGAGCGCAAGAGGGUGUCCAUUGGUCACGAGCUGCUUAUCAACCCCAGCAUGCUGCUGCUGGAUGAGCCAACUAGCGGACUAGACAGCACCACCGCCCUGCGGCUGAUGCACACGCUGCGCUCCCUGGCGGGCGGCGGCCGCACCGUGGUGACCUCCAUCCACCAGCCCUCUUCGCGGCUGUACAGGCAGAUGGACAAGUUGAUGCUCCUGUCCGAGGGCCGCUGCAUGUACUACGGCGACGCGCAGAGUGUGGCGGGCUGGUUCAGCGGCCUGGGGCAGCCCUGCCCCUUUGGAACUAACAUAGCAGAUCACAUCCUUGACCUGGCCAACGGUGACGUGGCGGUCACUCCUGCGACCGGCAAGGAGGUCAGCAGCAGCAGUGGGGGAG